GUUUGUCUAAUUCAGAAAUCAGCAUUUGUUAUGGAAAAGUGUGAGAGGAAGCUGAGUUACCCAGACUGGGGGAGCGGAUGUUAUCAGGUUUCUUGUUCUCCUCAAGGUCUGAAAGUUUGGGUCCAAGAUACUUCAUAUUUGUGUAGUCGGGCUGGGCAGGUCCUCCCCAUCAGUAUCCAGAUGAAUGGCUGGAUUCAUGAUGGAAACCUGCUCUGCCCAUCGUGUUGGGACUUCUGUGAGCUCUGUCCUCCAGAAACAGAUCCUCCAGCUACUAACUUGACCCGAGCUCUGCCACUGGAUCUUUGCUCCUGUUCCUCAAGCCUGGUGGUCACCCUCUGGCUUCUGCUAGGCAAUCUGUUUCCUCUACUGGCUGGAUUUCUUCUGUGUGUAUGGCAUUAGGAAUGGAAAAGUGGAUCUUCAAGAUAUCCUUUUAUGUUAUGUUCAUGUGAACAAAGCACAAAGUUUGAGCGAG